CGUUUCUUGGGAUUCUCAUUUUCGUUCCUCGUUUUCAGAACACGAGAGUAGCAGGAGGACUUUCUUAUGCCGGGCUCCUGACUGGAAGGAAGUGUGGUUGCUCGCGUCGUGCGGGUGUCAGCGGCUUAGUUAAGUUACAGGAAGAUCGCGCGUAAACCGCGUCCGUCAGAUCAGCGGUGCAUCCAAAUGGCAGCUUCGCCAGCCAUCGGAUCUCGGCGGUUGGCGAAUGGAAGCCUCGAUGAUAUUGAUCACGCGAUGCAGUCCAGCAAGGACGCGCAUCUGUCGGGCUUCCGCCUCUCGUCCGACAUCACCACCUUCCAGAACCGCCCAGGCAGCGCUGGCCGCGAGCCCUUCAUCAUCGGUGUGUCUGGGGGGACGGCGUCGGGCAAAACGACGGUGUGCGAGCAGAUCAUCCAGCAGCUGAGGGACCACCGCGUGGUGCUGAUCGACCAGGACUCCUUCUACCGCAGCCUCACGCCCGAGGAGCUCGAUAGAGUCACAGAGUACAACUUCGACCACCCAGACGCGUUUGACUCGGAGGUGAUGCUGGAGACGAUUCGGGGGCUCAAGGAGGGGCGCGCAGUGGACAUCCCCACGUACUGCUUCAAGACGCACCGCCGCGGCACGGGCAAGCGCCAGGUCAACCCAGCGGACGUGGUCAUUCUAGAGGGCAUUUUAGUCUUCCACGACCCGGCCGUGCGAGCGCACAUGAACAUGAAGAUAUUCGUCGACACCGAUGCGGACGUGCGCCUGGCCAGGCGGAUCCGCAGAGACACGGUGCACCGGGGGAGGGACGUGCAGAGCGUCAUCGAGCAGUACGCCAAGUUUGUGAAGCCAGCCUUUGACGACUUCGUCCUCCCCACCAAGAAGUUUGCUGACAUCAUCAUCCCACGGGGCGGCGACAACCACGUGGCGGUGGAUCUGAUAGUGCAGCACAUCCGCACCAAGCUGGGGCAGCACGACCUGAGGAAGAUCUACUCCAAUGUCUUCGUCAUCGAGUCGACGUUCCAGAUCCGCGGCAUGCACACGCUCAUCCGCAACAAGGACACGCGCAAGCACGACUUUGUGUUCUACGCCGACCGCCUCAUUCGCCUUGUGGUGGAGCACGGGCUGGGCCACCUGCCCUUCGUGGAGAAGCAGGUCGUCACGCCCACCGGGUCCACCUAUGUUGGAGUGGACUUCUGCAAGAACCUGUGUGGUGUCUCUAUCAUCAGAAGUGGCGAGAGCAUGGAGAAUGCGCUACGAGCAUGUGUGAAGGGCAUUCGCCUAGGGAAGAUUCUCAUUCACCGAGAGGGGGACGAUGGGAAGGAAGUGAUCUACGAGAAGCUUCCAAGCGACAUCGCGUCGCGCCACGUGCUGCUCCUUGACCCCAUCCUCGCAUGCGGCAGCUCAGCAGUGAAGGCCAUUGAGACGUUGAUAGCCAAGGGAGUGCCGCAGUCGCGCAUCAUCUUCCUCAACCUCAUCUCCGCGCCCGAGGGCAUUCACACGCUGUGCCACGCAUUCCCGCGCAUAAAGAUCGUGACCUCGGAGAUCGACGUGGCCAUCAACGACAACUUCAGGGUCGUGCCGGGGAUAGGCGAGUUCGGUGACCGCUACUUCGGCACAGACGAUGACGACGAGGGGAGUGACGGGAACGGGCUGCCGCUGGGGGAGAGGAGCGGCAGCAGCAGCCGGUGAUGGGGAGCGGAGGACGUGGUCUGGUUGGGUUCGGCGACCGCUACUUUGCGGCUCACGAUGACGACGAGGGAAGUGACGGGAACGCGAGUUGCCACUGGGGGUGAGGAGCGGCAGCAGCAGCCGGUGACCCUGGGCUCGGGAGUCCUUUGAAUUGAGGUUGGCGUCUGGUACUUGAGGAUCAUUGGCGAUGAUGAGGAGCGCAAUGAAAGGGGCUGGCAUUGGUAUAUGUAUUGGCCUCAUGUCCUUAGUUUGGUUGUGUGGUAUAUGUAUUAGCCUCCUCUAGUUAAGCUGCUUAUUGUGUGCUAUAGAUUGAUGGUAUGGAUCUCAUUUAUUUGAGAAUCAAUGGUGGCGCUUGCCUUGCGCCAGAAAUGCGCAUAUUGUAGUAUUGUUCAUCUGCCAUGGAUUUGUCAAUUUUACUUCAA